AUGUACCAACGCGCUCUCCUCUUCUCUGCUCUUCUGUCUGUGACUCGGGCCCAGCAGGCAGGCACCCAACAGGCAGAAGUCCAUCCGUCCUUGACAUGGCAGAGAUGUGAAGCCAGCGGAUCGUGCACCAACGUUGCAGGCUCGGUUGUGCUUGAUUCCAACUGGCGUUGGACUCACUCGGUUGAAGGGUACACCAACUGCUACACUGGCAACUCCUGGGAUUCAACUCUGUGCCCUAACAACGAGGAAUGCGCUGCGAACUGUGCCGUCGACGGUGCCGACUACUCUGGUACCUAUGGUAUCACGUCCACUGGUGACUCACUGACUUUACGAUUCGUCACUGGUUCGAACGUUGGCUCUCGUGUGUACCUGAUGGAGGAUGACGAGACCUACCAGACCUUCGACCUGCUCAAUAAUGAGUUCACCUUUGACGUUGAUGUCUCUAACCUCCCUUGUGGCUUGAACGGCGCCCUUUACUUCACCUCAAUGGACGCCGAUGGUGGUCUGAGCAAGUACGAAGGCAACAACGCCGGUGCCAAGUAUGGAACCGGUUACUGCGACUCUCAAUGUCCUCGCGAUAUCAAGUUCAUCAACGGAUUGGCAAACGUCGAGGGAUGGGAAGGCUCUGAAAGUGACCCCAACGCUGGCGUUGGUGGAAUGGGCACUUGCUGCCCUGAGAUGGACAUCUGGGAAGCCAACAGCAUCUCUUCUGCCUACACCCCUCACCCUUGCGAUGACAUUGGACAGACCAUGUGUGAAGGCGAUGCCUGCGGUGGUACCUACUCUGACGACCGCUACGGCGGUACCUGUGACCCUGAUGGAUGUGAUUUCAACUCUUACCGCAUGGGCAACACCAGCUUCUAUGGUCCCGGCGGCAUCGUGGAUACCUCCCAGCCCAUCACGGUGGUGACGCAAUUCGUUGCUGACGGCGGCUCUCUAACCGACAUCAAGCGCUUCUACGUCCAGAACGGCGAGGUCAUCCCCAACUCUGAGUCCAACAUCUCGGGUGUGGAAGGCAACUCAAUUACCUCCGAGUUCUGCACUGCCCAGAAGACCGCUUUUGGUGACGAGGACAUCUUCGCUCGGCACGGCGGCCUUGCCGCUAUGGGUGAUGCCGCGUCCGCCAUGGUUCUCAUCCUCAGUAUCUGGGAUGACCACUAUGCUAGCAUGAUGUGGCUUGACAGCACCUACCCAGAGGAUGCUGACCCAAGCGAGCCCGGUAUUGCCCGUGGUACCUGCGCGCACGGUGCUGGUGACCCUGAUGUCGUUGAAUCCGAGCACCCCGAUGCGUCGGUCACUUUCUCCAACAUCAAGUUCGGUCCUAUCGGCUCCACAUUCUAA